AAUUAAGUAAUCUUACUAACUUAAUCGGCACCAAAUAUGCCUUCUUAUAAAUUAACGUAUUUUAAUGGAAAGGGACGAGCGGAAGUUUCUCGACUUUUAUUAGCUGCUGCUGGAAAGGCCUUUGAAGACGUAAGAGUUGAUUUCGCACAAUGGGGUGAUCUCAAGAAAGAUAUGCCACAGGGAACACUGCCGGUGUUGGAAGUGGAUGGAAAGAUGAAGAUCUCUCAGAGCGGUUCGAUAGCGCGGUACCUCGCAAGAGAGUUCGACUUAUAUGGCAAGGGUAACACUGAUAUGACCUUGGUGGACCAGAUUAUGGACACCUGUAUUGAUCUCUUCAGCGGGGUGUUAAAGUUUGCCUUUCUCAAGGACGAAGCUGAAAAGGCCCAGAAACGGGAAGAGUACUUGGCAGGUGACGCUAAAAAAUAUCUGGGACUUUUGGAAAAACUUGUCCAAGAGGGCGGUAAGAGUGGCUUUGCGGUUGGAUCGUCCUUGACGGUGGCCGACCUUAUGCUUUACGCCUUCAUUGAAAAUUCUCAAAUUGUGGAACUUUUGAAAGAUUACAAACUGUUGGACGCCAACAGAAAGAAAGUCGAGCAGCUACCAAAGAUAAAGGAAUACUUGGCGAAGAGGCCCGUCACUGAAUUUUAAGAUAAUUGUUUAAUUAUCUAACCUACUUCCCAUGUCGUGUCAUUUCAUUUUGAAAUGGAACAUGUGUGCAUUUAUUAUAAAAUCGUUGUGGUAUUUACAUUAUGUU